ACAGCUGUGCCCAAGGUCAUGGCUCUGAUAUGCCACUUGACACUGUGCUCAGAGCUGUGCCUCAGUAACUGCCAGAGGUGCCAGGGAGUGCCAGGAGGUGCCACGUCUCACGCCUCUCCAUAUUAGUCAAGAUGGAUCAGCCGACCUAUGUGGAGGGUUUCCACGACCCGGAAGCUGUCAAGAAGAUGACCUAUCACCCAUUUGGAAACACCGGUCUGAAGGUGUCUAAGAUGAGUCUGGGCGGAGGACCUCUUGGAGGCAUCUACGGAGACACCAUUGAGACAGAGAGCAUCCAGACGGUCCAUCUGGCUGUUAAGUCUGGCAUCAACUACAUCGACACAGCCCCUUACUACGGCAACGGUCGUAGUGAGGAGGUGAUUGGUAAGGCGCUGAAGGACGUCCCACGUAGGGCCUACUACAUCGCCACUAAAGUCGGCCGCUACGAGUUCGCGAUCGAACGGAUGUUCGACUUCUCAGCCGAACGGGUCGAACGCAGCGUCGAGAGGAGUCUCAAGCUCCUGGGCCUCGACUACGUCGAUGUUAUCCAGGUCCAUGACCUCGAGUUCGCUGAGAGCCUCGACAUUGUCCUGAAGGAGACGCUGCCGGCCCUGAAGAAGGUGGUGGAGCAGGGCAAGGCCAGGUUCAUAGGGAUCACCGGGUAUAAUGUCAGCGUCUUGAAGGAGGUGGUGGAGAGGUCCUCCGUCAAGAUCGAUUUGGUGUUGAGUUACGCUCGGAACACUAUGAUUGACGACACUCUCAAGGAGUACCUGCCAUUCUUCCAGUCUCGAGGCAUCGGCGUGAUCAAUGCUGCCGCUGUGGGCAUGGGCAUGCUGUGCCAGGAGCGGGACCUGGUCGCUUGGCACCCGGCGCCACAAGAGAUGAAGACGGCUUGUGAGGCAGCCCGCGACUACUGUGAGGCAGCUGGGGUGGACCUGGGGCGCUUAGCCGUUCAACAUUCCUUAGCACUAGAGGGCCUCGCCACCCACCUGUUAGGAUGUAUCAACUUGGACAUCCUCAAGAGGAACCUGCAGAGUGUGCUGGUGCCCCUCACGCCUCUAGAGGAGCAGGUGGCUAGGGACGUGGUGGACAGGUUCUUCCAGCCGCUGCCUAAGAAGCACUGGGAGGGUGUCGAACCCGCCAAGUUCUGGAAGAAGUUCCGUGAGCUCCAAGGAGAAACACACAAGGAGGAAAACUAAUCCAUAAUGAAAAACACGAUAACGUGAUAUAUAUGUGUGAGGAAAUAUCGAGGCUGUAUAAUAGGCUCGAACCCUCGAUCCUGGCCCCCUAAGGAUGUGUAUAUGUCCUUAGGGAGUCUAGGAGACGAGGGUUCGAUCCUUUUGCACAGACAAAUAAAGAUAUCACGAUAACUAAA